AGCGCUCUUGCCCUCACCACCAACUUCUGAGUGUAAAACAUUGAAUGAAAACUAAUAAAAAUAAACAUGUGGUGCACAGUAUUACAAUAGUGUGGCGAGAGUAAAAUAGUGUGACAAGAACAACGGUUUAUAAUCAUAUGAGCUCUAGCAAGCUGUUCGACGCAGUCAACGUGCAUUGAGAGCUUUUUGAGUGCGGCCAUUCAGUCAGCUGGGAUGCGCUUUUAUUUCGUAUUGUUGGGUUCGGUGGUCUGUUUGCAUUUGGCAAAAGCUGUACUCUCUGUGUUGUCAUCGUUAUGUGUGUACGCAUUGUUGUUGCCAAAAAAGCUUUUUCAACUAAUAACUGCUGCGCUUAAUUUUCCACUUGGUGAAUCGAAUUGACACAGUUGCAAUCAGAAUCUAAUUGGAAACGGCGUACGGCUGCACUGCAUCCGCCAUGAUAGCCAAGUGACCAAGCUCGUUAAUUUCAAUACCCAUUUGACGGUUAAUUACGGUUCGAUUAGUUCGGACAGCCGCAAUGUCAACGGAAAGCAAUACGCCCGUGGAUCCCCGUGUCCAGAUCGAGUUGGAAAAGCUUAACACGGCCACCGACAAUAUCAACAAAUAUGAAGUGGAGCUCGAUGAGUCGAAGUGCGAAUUUAAGCGUCUGCUGGCGGAGAGCGUGGUGCGUAUCAAGGCCGCCGCCCACAAGCUGGGCAACUCGAUAGACGCCGCCAAGCCCUACUACGAGUCGCGCAUAUAUGCCGCACAAUUGGCCAAGGAAACGCAGCUGGCGGCAGCCAAUCAUGAGAAGGCCAAGUCCAUACAUGCCGCUGCAAAGGAAAUGGUCUAUCUGGCCGAACAGGGACUCGGCGAGAAGUCCACGCUGGAUACAGCCUGCCAGGAGAUGCUCAGCCAUGCCGCUAGCAAAGUCAAUCAGUCCCAAUUGGAAGUCACCGACACGCGCAACGCCCUCAAGAUGUGCCAACUAAAGCUCGAGGUGGCCAACAAUCGUGUCGGCAAGCUCCAAGGACAGCUCAAACAAGCUUUGCGCUCCUCCAGAUUGCAGCUGCGGCGCAAUUUACUUUUGUUGAGAUACUUUAGCAUUUUGCACGCUUUGUAUUGUAUCCAGUGCUCGCCCUACUAUGAGACGCGUGCGAACUACAAUGGACUGCUGAAGGCGCAAAAGCUGCGCGUCAACGAGCUGGAGUCAAAGGUCAGCGCCGCCAAGUUGACCUACAACGAGGCGCUGAAGAAUCUGGAACAGAUCUCGGAGGACAUACACAGGCAGCGGCAGCAGCGCAACAAUUUGCUUAACUACGAAGCGAUGCUGCGCCAGGUGGACGCCAUUGAUGCCCAGCAGCAGCAACAGUUGCAGUUGCAGCAGCUGCAAUCGGAGGCGGAGCAGCUGCAAUUGGCGGAGCCGGAGGAGGAGUAUUUGCGCAUGCCAGAUCGUCUGGGCAGUGGAGCCAGCUCGCCGCGCCAGAGGCAUGCCGAUCCACAUGACUGUCCGCAUCUGCUGCACGACUUCGAGACGGUGUUGACCUUCCCACAGAAGCUGGCCGGCGGCAUGCACAAGUCGGCCAGCACCAGCGCCACCGACGGCGACAACAAUCUGUUUGCCCAGGCACAGGGUCUGCAUGGACCGUACGAGGUGAAGCCACGCUCGGAGUCUGGCAGCAGCUCUCUGGCCUCGGCGUCGGCCUCUGCCUCGACGUCGGCCCCGCCGGCGGACAACGACAUCGAUCAGUGGACGGAAAUACGACUCUCGCACUCGGACAGCACCAGUUCGAGCUAUUCGAAUCAAUCGCUGCUGGAGCAGCAGGCUCUCGAUGGAGCCGGCAGCCUAGGCGGCCAUGGCUUGGGCUAUGGCCUGGGCGGCCUGGAUGCGGAUGCGCAGUCGCAGCACUCCACCUCGUCGUCGGAUGAGCCCAAGCGCAAAGUGACCUGCACUACGAUAUUCCAGGACGAUAGCAGCGGUAUCGGCAUCGGCAUCGGCCUGGCCGGCCAGCAGAUGAGCCGCAAGCAGAGCCUCAGCCAGUGGCUGUCGCGUUCGAAUAGCUUCAAGAGCAGCGGACGGCGGCAAAGCCUUGAUCUGUUGAUCGAUGCCGGCGACAAGGUGAAGGACGUGUUUAGCUAUGGCUUUCAGAAGGUCGGACGCAGUCUGGAGCGGCGCAACAGCGAAUCGGAAAUGGCCAACGAUGGCGGCGAGACGGAUGCGCUGCUUGCCGCAACAGCAGCAACAACAACGACGACGGCGGCGACGGCAGCAGCAGCGGCGGCGGCGGCGGCAGCGGCUGGGAAUGCCUCGGCGUGCAGCAACAAUAGCGGCAGCGGCAGCAGCAGCAGCGGCGGCGCCGGCGAUUUCUUUCUCUUUAGCAGAUCCUCAGAACCCAAAGAAUUACUAUCCGAUGAGCAGGUUGAGAAUUUGCUAUUGAAUCAUAUGGUUGAUGAGCACGGCGUCAUCAUUGUGGAGGAGUUAAAGUCACCAACGGCCGCAGCAAUCACAACACGAACGUCAGCAACAGCAACAACAUCAACUAGCUUGCAGCAGCAACAACAGCAACAGCAACGUGCUGCUUUAUUGUUUUAAGCUGAGCUAUAUACCUUAAACUCCGGAACUGCUGCUUUAACCAUUUUCCGAGCAAUUAGUAAGAGGCGUACAUAUCACUUGACAUCAUCGCAUCCAUUGUGAAGUGGAUCGGCAGGAGCUGCCCCAAAUCAUUCAAUUGCUUUCUUUUAAUGCAUAGCUUUUCGCUGUGCUCUAAUCCUAAUAUGUGCAAUAAUGUUGUUUAGCGUACAAAAUUCAAAAAAAAAAAAAAAAAAAAAAAACAAGUUACAUUUUAUGCUGUUCAGUAAAUGAAUUAACUAACUAACGCUAGUCCUAGGCGAAAUGCAUACGGAAAAAUCAGUUAGAACAGAUAUAUAUAAAAUUAGCAGCAAAAAACAAAACAACAAUUCAAAAGAG